AUGAAAAAGCUACCGAAGACACUGUUAGACUCGUUCAGAAAAGUCGAGAAGCUCGAUCUGACUGACCUCCAGAUAGAGGAAAUCGAACCGAACGUCUUCACAAACGGUAUCUACAUCCGGGAACUGUAUUUGGGCCUCAACGAUAUUCGCGUAUUACCACAUGGUGUGUUUCAUAACAUGAGGUCUCUUGAAUUGUUGGUGCUGGAUCGGAACCUCCUCGAGCAUUUGCCAUGGAACAUCUUUGCCAAUACAUCUAAUCUCAUCGAACUGUCGAUUGCGGACAACAACCUGGGGCGAAUCGAUGAUAAUACCUUCAAGAAUGUUAAAAAUUUGAAGCAGCUAUCAUUGCCCAACAAUAACCUCUCCAACAUUGACCUUUCGCUCAUUCCGAGCCUUAUCUCGGCAAAUGUCAGUUCCAACUUGCUAACGACAUUGGCAAUCUCGGUGGCUGUGGUCGGACUCGAUGCCUCGCACAAUCGCAUCAACACAGUGACGGGUCCAAGCAAUGGAGAGCUCGAGAGUCUCUUUUUGCAACAUAACAAUCUAACAAACAUCGCAUGGCUUAAGCGCUAUUCCGGACUGAUCGUUUUGGAUCUUUCAUACAAUGAGAUAGAAAAGGUAACAGACAAUCACUUCAAGAAUUCGUACCGUCUAGAGAAAUUAUACCUGUCUAACAACCGGCUGGUGGCGUUGAACCUGAAUUCCGCACCUAUCCGAACACUCAAGACACUCGAUGUCCGGCACAACCAUCUACUGGUUGUGGAAACGAACAAGGAUCAGUUCAAUACCCUAAAGGAGCUGUAUCUCGAUCACAACGCGAUCGUGAAGCUCAAGCUCAGCUCCAUAAACAUGCUCCAAAACCUCACAAUAUCGCACAACGAUUGGGAUUGCAAAAAUCUGGACGAACUGUUUCGAAAUGUGUCCAAAUCGGUGAUUCAUGACAGUGACCGCUCCUGCAAGGUAAACUAUAAACUCAAACAAGGCAUUUGCUGCAAGGAAAGUGACAAACCGUACCUGGAACGACUGAUACAGCUCAAAAGUCCAAGCAGCGACGCAGAAAUGCUCGAUAGUGACGAAUCCAAUCCAGAGUCUGAACUUAACGGGCUGAAGAGUGAUAUCGGGCGGCUAACGAAAAUCGAGGAGCUUCUUCAAGACCUGCAAACUAACAUAGCUUGGAUAAAGAGCAAGAUGAAUGAUGAUGAUUCGCCCAGUAGCACCGAUAGACCCGAUAGACCGUAA